CUCCUUUUCCCAUCCUUCCUUCUCUGUGUUCUGUUUCUGGAAAAAAAAUGUUUAUAGACAGACAGAGAGAGAGAGAAAGAGAGUGAGUUUAAAUCUAUUUUCUAUUUCUGGAAGAAAAAGAAGAAAAAUCAAUUCCUAAAGAAUUUCAGUUUUCGAGACGACAACCACCACCACCACCACCACCACCACUACCGCCGCCGCCGCCGCUGCCGCCGGCGCCGCCCUCACUGUAAUCCCCAUCCUCUUUAACAGGAGGAGGAGGGAUGGGCGGGAUGCAGCCCUACGCCCUUAUCCUGUUGCUGACUCCCUUCCUUCUUCCCUGCUGUCGAGCCACAUACAGACUUGGAGAUAUCUCAUCUUUAAAAACAGAAACCAAGCUGGAGGGGCGAGGGGCAGGGGGCUUGGAUCCAUUUUGUAAGGAAGCCCAUGGUCUCUUCCCUCAUGAGUGGAACUGCAGCCAAUUCAUUACGUGUGCCAAUGGGCGCGGGUGUGUUAAGGACUGCCCAAAAGGAACGCGAUUCAACAGUGUUUUGAAAAUUUGCGUCUGGCCAGAUCAGACGAUGUGCAAACCAAAGCGAGGAACCAUUCCCUCCACCUGGCCACCUCUUGACAAAUGUGCGGCGUUAGGCUCGCAGGUACAACCUACGCACAAACCACCACAAUGGACCCCACAAGGCUCGUCCCAAAGCCCACCACAAAGCCCAACUCAAAGCCACACACAGCGUCCUCUUACCGUCAGCACCACACACACACAAAACCCAUCUGCCAGGCCCCCAACACACCCUCCUUUCCCCAUCACUCUACCCCCUCCAACCACUCCUGCCCCAAUUUCUCCAAUCACGCCCUACCCAUGCAUCUGCCCCAUCAUCCUUCCGCAUCCAUAUCCACACCCACACCCAGGCCAGCCAGUACAACCAGGACAACCAGGCCAGCCAGGCCAAUCAGGACAACCUGGACAGACAGGACAACCAGGCCAGCCAGGACAAAUAGGACGACCAGGACAACCAGGGCAAUCAGGAAAACCUAUAACAUUCCCUUAUCCUUACCCACAUCCUCAACCACAACCAGGAAAACCAGGACAACCAGGCAAGCCAGGACAACCAGGACAGGCAGGACAACCAGGACAGGCAGGACAACCAGGCAAGCCAGGACAACCAGGACAAGCAGGACAACCAGGCCUGCCAGGACAACCAGGACAGGCAGAACAACCAGGCAAGCCAGGACAGCCAGGGCAAUCAGGAAAACCUAUAACAUUCCCUUAUCCUUACCCACAUCCUCAUCCACAACCAGGAAAACCAGGCCAGCCAGGACAACAAGGACAACCAGGGCAUCCAGGAAAACCAGGUCAGCCAGGACAAUCAGGACAACCAGGACAGGCAGGACAACCAGGCAAGCCAGGACAACCAGGACAGGCAGGACAACCAGGCAAGCCAGGACAACCAGGACAGGCAGGACAACCAGGCCUGCCAGGACAACCAGGACAGGCAGGACAACCAGGCCUGCCAGGACAACCAGGACAGGCAGGACAACCAGGCCAGCCAGGACAACCAGGGCAAUCAGGAAAACCUAUAAUUUUCCCUUAUCCUUACCCACAUCCUCAACCACAACCAGGAAAACCAGGACAACCAGGCCAGCCAGGACAACCAGGACAUCCAGGAAAACCAGGUCAGCCAGGACAUUCAGGACAACCAGGACAGGCAGGACAACCAGGCCAGCCAGGACAACCAGGGCAAUCAGGAAAACCUAUAACUUUCCCUUAUCCUUACCCACAUCCUCAUCCACAACCAGGAAAACCAGGCCAGCCAGGACAACAAGGACAACCAGGUCAUCCAGGACAAUCUGGACAACCAGGCCAGCCAGGACAACCAGGGCAAUCAGGAAAACCUAUAAUUUUCCCUUAUCCUUAUCCAUAUCCUCACCCACAACCAGGAAAACCAGGACAACCAGGCCAGCCAGGACAACCAGGACAUCCAGGAAAACCAGGUCAGCCAGGCCAAUCAGGACAAGCAGGCCAGCCAGGACAACCAGGCCAACCAGGACAACCAGGGCAAUCAGGAAAACCUAUAACUUUCCCUUAUCCUUAUCCACAUCCUCAUCCACAACCAGGAAAACCAGGCCAGCCAGGGCAACCAGGACAUCCAGGAAAACCAGGUAAGCCAGGACAAUCAGGACAACCAGGACAGGCAGGACAACCAGGCCAGCCAGGACAACCAGGGCAAUCAGGAAAACCUAUAAUUUUCCCUUAUCCUUACCCACAUCCUCAUCCACAACCAGGAAAACCAGGACAACCAGGCCAGCCAGGACAACCAGGACAUCCAGGAAAACCAGUCCAUCCAGUACAACCAUAUCCACAUCCUCAACCACAACCAGGACAACCAGAAAAACCAGGCCAGCCAGGACAACCAGGACUACCAGGAGAACCAGGACAACCAGGAAAACCAGGCCAGCCAGGACAACCAGGACUACCAGGAGAACCAGGACAACCAGGAAAACCAGGCCUACCAGGACAACCAGGAGAAACAGGAGAACCAGGAAAACCAGGCCAGCCAGGACAACCAGGACUACCAGGAGAACCAGGACAACCAGGAAAACCAGGCCAGCCAGGACAACCAGGACUACCAGGAGAACCAGGCCAGCCAGGACUACCAGGACAACCAGGACAACCAGGCCUGCCAGGACAACCAAUAAUUAUUCCUUACCCUUACCCCCAACCAUACCCACAACCAGUACAACCAGGACAAGCAGGACAACCAGGAAAACCAGGCCAGCCAGGACAACCAGGACUACCAGGAGAACCAGGACAACCAGGAAAACCAGGCCAGCCAGGACAACCAGGACUACCAGGAGAACCAGGACAACCAGGAAAACCAGGCCAGCCAGGACAACCAGGACUACCAGGAGAACCAGGACAACCAGGAAAACCAGGCCAGCCAGGGCAACCAGGACUACCAGGAGAACCAGGACAACCAGGCCUGCCAGGACAACCAAUAAUCAUUCCUUACCCUUACCCCCAACCACACCCACAACCAGUACAACCAGGACAAGCAGGACAACCAGGAAAACCAGGCCAGCCAGGACAACCAGGACUACCAGGAGAACCAGGACAACCAGGAAAACCAGGCCAGCCAGGACUACCAGGACAACCAGGACAACCAGGCCUGCCAGGACAGCCAAUAAUUAUUCCUUACCCUUACCCCCAACCACACCCACAACCAGUACAACCAGGACAAGCAGGACAACCAGGAAAACCAGGUCAGCCAGGACAGCCAGGUGGAAAGCCAGGACAACCUAUCAUUUUCCCUUAUCCACACCCACACCCCCACCCACAUCCAGGACGACCACAACCACAUCCACACCCCAAACCAAUCCCACAGCCAGGAGAAAUCAUCAUCAUACCCCACCCACAACCAGAAACACCUCAACCACCAGGAAUCACGGUUCCUGCCCCAACAUCCUCGCCGCCGCAACCAGGACGGCCAACCCCCGCACAUCCUGCUCCCCCACCAUCCAUCGUCAUCAUACCCCCACACUCCCCUACCACUCCCACACACGAACCACAGCAGCCCCACCCUUCAGACCGUCCCACCCACCCCACCCUUCCACCCAUAGAUACUCUGCCAGGGAGCGAGAGCGAGGACGAGAGCAAGGAGUGCUGUCGCUGCGAGGACGAUGAGGACAGUAAAAGCGAUGAGAGAAAUAAGGUUAAAAGCAACGAGAACAAGAGUAAUGAAGACAGGUCAAAUGGUAGUGGUGAUGAUGAUGAUAAGUAUAGAGUUCGCUGGCAGAGUGUUCUGCCUUAUCACAACUUGCAGGGGUAUCACGCCUUCCCCUUCCAUCACCCUGUCGCCAGCCUCCACAACCCUGUCUCGAAAAAUUAUAUCCAGGGUGGCCACCCACCGGUAGUUCUAAUAGUGGACGGAGGAAGAACAGGAGAAACACAGAUAGACUGGCUCAAGAAACUCCUGCGGGAAGGCAAAUAGGUCUAUUGUCUCACGACAGGGACCGCAUCUUCCAGCGUUCCAGCGCCUGAUAUGGACUACUUUUAACAAGCUGUAGUGAGUUAUUGGUGUUUUCAAGGGGGUUUUCUUGAUUCCAUCGAUAGCUUCACAAGUUCUAUUGGAAAUUACAGUGGUUUUCAAGGGUGUUUUCUUGAUUCCAGUGACAGUUAGAUUAACAAGCUCUAUUGAAAGUUAUUAGGAUUUCCAAGGAUAUAUUCUUGAUGUUAAUGACAUAUAUAUAUAUAUAUAUAUAUAUAUAUAUAUAUAUAUAUAUAUAUAUAUAUAUAUAUAUAUAUAUAUAUAUAUAUAUAUAUAUAUAUAUAUAUAUAUAAGAGAAAACUCUUCAGGAAACCAAUGGACAUUUCAAGAGUGUUUUCACUAGAGAUAGUUUAACAACUAACAGUGGAAGUUCUCUGGGUUUUCCCGAUGCUCGUUAUAGUUAAACAAGGAAUACCGGUACACCAUUUAUGGAAAGAAAACACCCCCGAGAACCUGACUGAUCAUCUCCCUGGAAAAUAAUCCUGGUGAGAGAACAAAGCAUUUAGGAAUGCGGCCGUGGAUCUGAUGCAACGAAGGAGACCUUUCUGACACCGCAGGCUAAAAGGUCACGGUGAUUGACUCCUUCGUGCUUUCUAACUAGUGAUGCAAAUUUAUUGUGCUUUAUGUAGUAAACGUACUUGCACACACACACACACACACACACACACACACACACACACACACACACACACACACACACACACACACACACAUUCACAGCUUGGCAUUAACUUUUUAGGUAUCAUUAUUAUCUUAGUUCCAUUAGGCAUAUUAAUUUUAAUGUUUUUUUGCUCUUUUGUGGUCUUAUUUGUUUAUUAAUGUUUUUGUUAUCAAUAUUAUUAUUAUUAUUAUUAUUAUUAUUAUUAUUAUUAUUAUUAUUAUUAUUAUUAGUGUUGUUGUUGUUGUUGUUGUUGUUGUUGUUGUUGUUUUUGUUGUUGUUGUUGUUGUUGUUAUUCUUGUUAAUAUUCAUAAAUUUUUUCCUUAAUGUUAUUAUUGUUAUUAUUUUUAAUAUUAUUGUAAUUAUUGUUAUUGUUGUUACUAUUAUUGUUAUUGUUGCAAUUCUUGUUAUUGUUAUUAAUAUUUUUUUGUUAUCACUGAUGUUACUAUCAACGAAAUAACAAUUAAGGCAAAUGAAAUAAAAUAAAAACUUUC